AGACUACCAAAAUAUUUGAUCAACUCCCAAACAUUGUUUUACAAAACAGAGAGAGGGAGAGAUAGGCUUUUGACACGAGCGCAUCGACAAUCUCCAGCGAGUGAGCUGCGCAUCAUUGGGAUUACUUCCACGUGCAACUGUCAGACGACAAGCAGGUGAGGCACUUCCUGGAGCUGAGCUAUGCUGGUGCCAUCCUUCGGGACAGCUGGGUCCUGACAGACGUUGGCAUCACCCCUAGCAGUGCCAUCUGCUGCCUGCUGAAGGUACCAGCCGAACACCUAGCUGUUUCUACCCGUGCUUGAAAAUGCAUAUCAAACGGGAGCCGGUGGUGCGUGUGUUCAGUGCCGUGACGGGGGAGACCCUCUCAGUCUUGGGCACUGUGUUUCUCCUGAGUACGUCUGUGGCCAGGCUCAUGACCCUGGUGUCCCAGCAGUGUGGGCUUCCCGUCAGCUCCUUCAGACUGAGCUCUCCCACCAGCCUGCAACUCUACGACUGCAACUGGCUGCACGACUACGCCAUUGACCUGGGUAUGGCCUUCCUUGUGCAGUAGAUCAAUGGUCCUCUGGCUCAACACCUUAUGGAUGUAACAUAGAGACAAAUGGACUGUAUGGAACACAUUCUUGGUUCAUGGAAACCAGGAGGACAACCUGCAUGUGUCUCUGUCUCCCAGGGGCUACUCUACGGUUGGACACCUGGGAUGGGUGGGCGGAGUCCCUCAGAGGCUGCUUCCUGGGACACAGACUGACCGUCCAACGACACCUGUCUAGGGAGAGACCUGUGAGGAGGUUCCAGCUCCGGGUGGCACUCUACAUCGCUGCUUCUCUGGGCCACCUGGACCUGGCCGGCUGGCUGCUGGAGAGGGGGGUGCGUGUCAUUGAGCCGGUGGGGGUUCACCCUUACCGUGAGUGGUGCCACCAGACGGCCCACCCCGACGUCGCCAAGUGUCCCGCUGUCGCCUCCAUCGAGCUCGGCCAGCUCACCAUCCUCAAACUCUGUAUCGCCAGCAGCGUUCUGACCCUUGCCUGUCAGGAUCCCCAGGGUCGUGACCCCCUGAGGAUCGCCCUUCAGUACGGCCACAGGGAGUGUGUGAGUCACCUGGCCACCAAGCUGUGCUCUGUGGUGGUCCUCCCAGGUAUGGCCCUGCCCAUGCGGACAUACCUCCAGAUAAAGGGCUGGGUGAGGCUGGGGCAGAGGAGGGCAGCAUCCAGGCACUGCAUGGGCCUCAACAGGGCUCCGUUCAGGACCAGGGUGGGCGACACGGUCCUGGUGGACGGCUUCACCCUCCCCAAGAUGUCUUCCAAGCCCAGGAGGAGUGAGGCCAAGGCGGGUAUCAGGGUGAUGUCCACAGCCUCUCAAAGUUUGACCCCCAUCAACUGCCCAUCUCAUGUAACCUGCCAGCUCCGCGCCCUGGCAUCCCAGGAUAAACCUCUUCAACUACCGAAGCAACACCCUGUGGCCACGAGUGAUGAAAGAGAGAAGAAGAGGGGAUGUGGAGGGAAGGGAUGUGAGGAGGAUGAGAGUGGGGAUCAGAACAGCAACCAAUGGAGGAGCAGAGUCCCGCUCCCGCCCAUUUCCAGAGACACCAAUCUCAGACCUGUGUUUGCCUCGCCAAACUCCGCCCAGAUACUCACCACCUCACUGGAGGCCUUUUCUCUCCACUGCGACCGCACACCCAGAGAAAACGCCAUAUACUGUUUGGCCUUGGCCAGUGCCUUCACACAGAGACCAUGGUUGCAGCAGCUGAAUGUAGCGCGGACUCUGUCCAGGAGGAGUGCUCAGCACAUUGGGUAGACACCAGGAUCCUGGUCAUUAGGCAGAUUAAACAUACUGAAACAAGGAGGGACAACCUGGAAUUGUCCAAAAAGGAACUCUUAUUUGAGUUUUUAUUUUUAUUUUUUACAGUGAACAAGAUGAGACUUUGGAACGGAUGAUGCCUGAAACAAUGCGGACAACUUAGAAUUUCGUUCCUUUGGAUGAGGCUUAUAGAUAUAGUCAGUACUGUGUUUGAUUUGUGUGCAGAAAGUUUACAACGGCAGGCAGUGGAUUCUCAGUCAUUCCUCUCAAGGAACAAAAAACGUAUCAUAUUUCACUGGCUAUUUGUAGUAGCCAAAUGUGAAUGGAAUUAUUAUUAUUCUAGAAUCAUUCAGUUGACUGAAUGUGACUGUGGUUGUGCUGUAUGUGACUAUGUGGUUGUACUGAAUGUGACUAUGUGAUUGUACUGAAUGUGGUUGUACUGUACGUGAUUGUAAGUGUUUGACAUGGGUCUAAUUGAGGCCCCCC